AUGAGGUUCACGAAGCCUUUAUGGCUGACCCACGGGGGAGAGAAGCGUGACGCUGAUAUUUACUCCUGCCACGUAUCACCCGACGGCUCGCGGCUUGCGACAGGUGCCGGAGAUGGACAUGUACGGAUUUGGUCCACAGAUGCCAUUUUGAAUGCUUCGAACCCAGCCUACACGAAACCGAAACAGCUCGCCAGCUUGUCCUACCACUCCGGCACAGUCCACAGCGUACGCUUCAGCUCAAAUGGAAAGUACCUAGCCAGCGGUGCAGACGACAAGAUCUUAUGCGUCUACUCGCUCGAGGCCGGCGCAGUCCAGCACACCACUUUUGGCAGCAAGGAAACACCACCAACGGAGAAUUGGAGGAUAUUCAGGAGGCUGAUUGGUCAUGACAACGAUGUGCAAGAUCUGGGUUGGAGUGCGGACAGUAGCAUAUUGGUAUCUGUGGGACUGGACAGCAAGGUCGUGAUCUGGUCAGGGAGCACUUUUGAGAAGCUGAAGACUUUGGCCAACCACCAGAGUCAUGUCAAGGGCAUCACCUUCGACCCUGCCAACAAGUACUUUGCGACUGCGAGCGACGAUCGCAGCAUCAAGAUCUAUCGCUUCACGUCACCACCACCAAAUGCCACAGCUUACGACCAGACCUCGAACUUCACCCUUGAAGCGACAGUCAAUGCACCCUUCGCUACCAGUCCAUUGACAACGUACUUCCGACGAUGCUCAUGGUCGCCCGAGGGAGCUCAUAUAGCUGCGGCGAACGCGACAAACGGUCCGGUCAGCUCUGUCGCUAUCAUCAAUAGAGGAUCUUGGGACAGCGAGAUCAACCUCAUUGGUCACGAAGGACCGGUCGAAGUAUGUGCUUUCUCACCACGCCUUUUCUUGAGCCAGCCACCGCCGCCUCCGUCAGUCGAUCCGAAGAGUGUGCCACCACAGCCACCAGCAGUCAGCGUCGUCGCGUGUGCGGGGCAGGACAAGACUAUUAGUGUGUGGAAUACUUCCUUUCCGCGGCCAUUUGUUACUACCGCCGAGCUGUGCGCCAAGCCGAUCAGUGACUUGGCUUGGAGCCCUGAUGGAGAGACUCUGUACUGCACGAGCCUUGACGGCACAAUCGCUGCGUUGAUCUUCGAAAAAGGCGAGCUGGGGUACCCAUCAGAGCAGUCAGAUAAUGAGCAGAGGCUGGCGAAGUAUGGCGCUGGCAGACGAGCUGGGAUCGUCGAAGGUGCUGAUGCUCUGAGGCUUGAAGAGGGUAGCAAGGCUGGUGAGCUGAAAGGCGUCGAAGGACGGAUGGGCGAGCUCAUGGGUGACCCUGAAAGCGCGACUACAGGCGCCCUCACCAAUGGUGAAAGUGCAACACAUAUCAAUGGCACUAGCACUGCAUUGGCUGUCAUCAAUGGCGCAACGAACGAAUCUACACCAGCGCCACAGCCUCCGAAAGACCCACAGCAAGACAAGAUUGAUAAGAUGAAGAAUCGUGUGACGUUUACGAAAGAAGGCAAGAAGCGUAUUGCGCCCUUACUCGUGUCAUCGUCGAACCAAGGCGAGGCAAAUCUACCUCGACCGCAACUGCAAGCUUCCAUGCGACAAGGUGGCCUCUCAGAUGAGCCUGCUGGCAAGACGCUAGACCUUAGCAAACCAUACGAUGGCCUACCAAAGGGAGGGUUAGCAAGUCUGCUGAUAGGCAACAAGCGGAAGUAUGCUGAAGUAGCUGGUGAUGACGAUGACGAACGCAAGCAGGCCGAGAGGAGAGUGCAGGCUGUCCAGCAAUCUGGAGGCCUUCCCAUCGUGAACAAUACCGCCGACGGACUUGUGCCAGCAAGCUCGGCCACGGCAAAGAAGAAUCCGAGUGACAUACCGGAGGUUCUGCGGCCAGCUGUCGUCAAUCCUAGCUUGACUGUCAGUCAGGUGAGACUAGCUGUCCCGGCUAUCAGAGGCACAAUACUGCGACCACUGGAUGGUACGAAGCUGGCGGAGGAGCAGCAGACUAACGGUGUGGCAUCUGACAUGCAAGACAGCGACACGAACGUGAUCUUCGAGGCCCGCAAUGCCACAGGACCGUCCCGGACAGGUCGCGUACAGGACAAAGAGCCCACACGGAUCACACUUUCGAGGCGCAAUCAGACGCUGUGGCAGGACUUCAUCCCUCGAGCUGUCCUGCUCACGACAGGCAAUCGCAACUUCUGGGCUGCUGCUUGCGAGGACGGAUCCGUACACCUAUGGACACCAGCCGGUCGACGUCUGGCGGCAUCGAUGGUACUGGAGGCCCAGCCAGUCAUACUUGACUGCCGCGGUUGGUGGCUGCUCGCUAUCACUGCCGCAGGUCAAGCAUAUGUCUGGAACAUCAAAGACAUGUCUGCAGCACAUCCACCUGUCAGCUUGGCACCUGCCUUGGAUGCUGCGAGCGCCACGAUGAGCAUGCAAGGCCAUCUGACCGCCGCGCCAAGCUUGAUGUUUGCGAGGCUGAACAGUCAGGGAAGAAUCGUGCUCGGUAUGAGCAAUGGCGAUGGUUUCGCUUACAACCCAAGCAUGUAUGUCUGGCAAAGACUGAGCGAGAGUUGGUGGGCGGUGGGCUCGCAGUACUGGAACACCACCGAUACAUCUGUCACUUCCGCCGCGCGUCCCGGUAAGACCAGCUCUUCCGAGCCAAAUUACUUGGACGACAUCAACCCCGAAAACAUCUCCGCUGGCAUCAUACCGCUGCUCGAGCGCAACACGACUUCCCAAGCACUCCUCAAGGGCCGCGCUUACUUCCUUCAACGUCUCGUCAAACAGCUAUUGUCAGCCGAGGGCUUCGAGGGCUUCGAAAGCUCAGUCUCAAUCGCACAUCUCGAGCAUCGCGUAGUCGCGGCCAUGAUACUUAGUGCGCGGGACGAGUUCAGAGUUUACUUGAUCAUGUACGCCAAGCGUCUCGGGGCCGAAGGCUUGCGUAGUAAGGUCGAGGAAUUACUGAAGGGCCUUAUGGGUCAAAUCUAUGAUGAUGAGGAUGCAGAUGAAGGCGAGCGUUCUGAUGCUGGUGUGCUGUGGGGCGAGGGCGAGGAAAUCGUCGGUUGGAACCGCGAGGGCUUGCUCAAGGAGGUCGUGAUGGCGUUGGGCAAGCAUCGUGAUUUGCAGAGGGUCACUGUGCCGUACGCGCGGUUACUUGGUAUCUUGGACGAUCUCGGUGGGCAGGCUGGAGCUGAUGUGGCGAUGAUCACGGAUGUUUAG